CGCUUUUUCGGAGAUGUGUUUAAACAAAAAAACAAUAUUUUCCUCUUGUUUUCUGCUUUGGAAUUUCCGACUGCCGUAUGGUUGUUAAGCGUGUAGUUGUACACGACAAAAUCAAAAUAAACCGUGCAACCUUUAAGGUUAAAAUUACCUAAUUGAAUUGUCGUUCACAUUGAACGUUACGCGUUGAGCACGGUUAGUGACUCGGCGCAAGAGGGCGCUGUUUCCUAUAGCGCCAAACUGAAACUUUAUUGGGUUUUUGGGUGUUGGCAGGCUACUGCUUGUGAAAGACAACCAGUUCUGCGAUGAGUAAGAUACUGCUUAGAGACUGAUGAACGGUGUCUAUAGUUCCAACAAGCCCCAGCAGAUGAGGCACGUGACGGCACAGCCCCUGUCCGAGCAAGGCUGGGGACGCUGCCAGGCAGGGUUCCAUGGCGUUGAUAUUGGAGUGGAGGAGACGACGGGAAGAAGCAACCAGAAGAGAAAACGGUCCAAGACAAUGGGUCUGGAGUCAUCAGCUGACAAUGAACAAUGUUCUCUAGACAUUGACUGGAGCUCCAGCAGUGACAGUCCCUCAGAUACAGAGCCCCUCCUGCAUCAGAAAACACCCCAAAACGCCCCCAGGAAAUCCCUCAAAAGGAAGAAAAGCUGUGGGGAGUCAAGACGUAGGAUCAACCGGUGGUCUGUGAAGGGCAAAGCCUCUUUUGAGGGUGAUGAUGUUGACAUCACUGAUGAGGAGGACAAACAUGAAAUAGCAGUUGAAGGAAGCUGGGUGAUGAUGCCUUCUUCAGCAGCUAAGAAGCUUGAGUCCUCCCCAGAAGACAAGAAGACACAGCUGGACAUUUCUGACUACGAUUCCCCAUCAGAGGAUCAAGUCACCACCACGUCAAGCUCUCAGCAGGCCUCCAGUUCCCUGCACAUCUCGGACCAGUCCCCUACCCCUCAGCCGUCCCCCGAUGCAAGCCCAUCUAAGGAGAGCCCUCGGACUGGCACCGAGCUGCUGAAGAAACUCAAACUCCCUGCAAAGACUCCUGACAAGAAAGAUGAUGCAAGGGGGCCGGGUGGGGGUGGCGACUCGGCCAAGAAGAAAAGAAGGUUUAUUAGGGGUGGACUGGCAGAGGGAUUACAGAGAGUCAUCAACAGAGAGAAAUCAUCCACAGCAUUCUGGGGGCAUCGUACUGCGGACACCACAACACCUCAGAGCUUGACGCUGGACUUGCUUGUCCUAUCCGUUGAGGAGGCGAGAGGGUUAUAUGUGACGCGAUGCCAGAUGCGCACUUUGACCUCUGAUGAUGAGGUCACCGAGGAGAUGUUUGUUCUGUUUACUCAAGCCAACGGGAGGCAGCUGAAGCUUGCUGUGGGGUCAAGGGUCAGAGUUCACCCUCCAUGGCAAAAGUUGACUCUACCCAACUACAAGGAGCCUGUGAUUCUCUGCACAUAUUUCUGCCAGUCGCUGGAUGGUUCAGAUGAAUCAAAUGCACCAACUCAGCCUUCAGUUCCAAACAAAACAGCUGGGAUGUCUUCAGACAAGCAACUGAAACCCAUACAACUCUUCAACCCCCUCCAACCACACGCCAAGACUGAAUCUACUCUGCAGUCGGUACUUCCAGAUACUACGGAGGCCCCUUAUGGCCAUGUGUCAGAUUCGUUCCUGGAUAGUAUAGCACAGAGCGGGGGAUAUACGACAGCUGGGAUGUGUGUGAGAGCCAGGAUUCACAGGGUGCACUGUCGUGGGAUUAAUGCUGAACCUAUGUCACUGAACAGGAAGCAAGAAGAAACCAGCAAACCUGCUCAGGAACCAUCAUUAAGGGUAGCUCAGUGGGUCCUCCUAUUGCAAGACAACCAUGGAAUAUUCUGUGAACUUCAUGUGACCCUUGGAAACACUGGAGAGGAGGAGGAAGAAGUUUGGAGGCGGAGCCUGAGAGGAGGGGAGGGGAAGAUGAUGGUGUUUGCAGGACUCAAAGUCAUGAGACGAGUCAAUCGAACAAGGUCUCCGGGUCUAUUCUCUCUGAUUGAUUCCCUUUGGUCACCUUGUGAACAUCCCAUCAGCCAAUCAGAGACGGAAUCUCAGUCUCAAGGACUUGCAUCACCACAGAGCUUCUGCUACAUCCUGGGAGUGCAGACACUCAGGAAGACCCUCAGAGAAGAGGUGCCAGACAGGGUGAGAAUACCCUACCGAGAACCAGUGAUACACACAUUGAGAGAAGUGCAACAGCUGUCUGAAACAUCAACUCAGCGAGUGACUUUCUACGCCAAAGUGAUUCACGGCCAUCCAGAGACAGAUGUUCACAAUGUGAUGCAGUCGCAGCUACAACAGCCAGCCGGCGGCAACUCAGUCUGGCACCUGUUCCUAACGGACCACUCGCUCAAUGCUGAAUCAACAGCAGAGGAGGAAUACGAGUCGGGGAUUGAGACAGGAAUGGCCAGAAGAGGUGAUUCAGCUGGUGCUGGUUGCAGUGGUUGGAGUCAAGGUGCAAGACCUGUUCACGUUCAUGUCCGGGCCUCCUGCUAUCUGAUGGAGUCUGUGGAGGAAAGUUUGGCGAAUCCUGGUAGUCUGGUGCUACUCAAGGAUGUGUGCUUGGACCAGGGUGGUUCUCUGUAUGCUGACGCCUAUACCACAAUACAGAGAGUUGCAAGUGAGAACAACAAGUCAAGCGACUUGGAGAUGAUUGAAACUGUCCACCUGAAAGAUGACAUCAUCAUCAGCAGGCUGUCACAUGCUCCCAUUCCACCAAUCCCAGCCCUGGAUCUUCACAGUGAGGAGAACACUAUGGUUUCUGUGACAGGAGUGGUGACGGGAGUUGAUGAGGCGUCAGCUUACAGCUGGCCAGCAUGCGACACCUGUGGUAAUAACAGACUGGAAGCAGAGACUAGCAGUGGUUCCCAGUUGCAUUGUGGGACGUGUCAAAGGUCAGUGACGUCACCCAUAACUCGGAUGCAUCUGGAGCUGUUUUUCCAUUGUCCUUCGCUGGAUAACGAGGAAGCCGUUGUCAAAGUUCAGUUGCUGCAGUCCAGCAUUGAACAGGUCCUGCCCACACUCAGCAGUCAGGAAGAAGGCUACGACCUGCAGUGCAUCAUGGGAGUCCACAUUGGACCAAUCAGCUGCUUUCUGAAGACCGUUGCUAGGCAACCUGGUGAGCCAGUCACCUUUGACCUUGAGGAAGUGUCCCUCGGGGCCGGGACUUGAUUCAUUGAUGAGAAUCAGGAAGAUUGGUUUGGUUUUAAUGUUAAGAAUCUGUAAUAGAGAUCACUCUUGUUGACUGGGGUUUGUGGCCUAGUGGUUAGGUUUCCUGACUCGUGAUCAGAGGGUCAGGGGUUCGAAUUCUGAUGCUGGCCACCGGCCUAUUUUGUGUCCUUGGGCAAGCCACUUCACCCCAAUUGCUUUUCUACCCCCAGGACCAUAAAUGGGUACCGGCAUUAGCUGGGGAGUAACCUGUGAUGGACUGGCAUCCCAUCCAGGGGGAAUAGAAAUAUUCUCAGUCGUUUCCUGCCAAGGAAACGGGAGAUAAACGCAGGCAUGAUGGGCUUUAUUGGCUCGAGACAGAUUUUACUUUUUUACUUCAGAUGAUCACCGAACAGAAGUUAUGCAGUCUUUAACAAUUUGAAAUAUUAACUGCCCUUUCCUAUACUUGAGUACGAUUUGUUUUUGAAGCCAGACAGUCACUGUUCAAACGUGUUCAACAGAGUUCAGAAGAGGACCCUCCCCCUUUCAAAAAAACACAUUCUACAAUGAAGCAAGCUAUACAAAUUUUACAGUUUUAUUUUCUUUACGAGCACAUAUCAGAGAAAAAUAGAAGACCUUCAAUCCACACAAUUAACCUAAGAAAAACCUCAAAUACUUUGAGGUAUUUCUACCGUUAGUUGAAUAGGGCAUAUAGAGCAAAUUUAAAUGAGGAUGUUGUAUCAAUGACAUUUGGGGUAAAAAUGGAAGUGAAUCAAAUGUUAUUGAUGUAAGUUUACAUGUUGCUACAAUUCUAAAAUUAGUUUUUAAAGAUUGGAGUAAAGUUACUUCAUUGCUUCAAUAAACGCGGUAUUUCUCAAGUCUUAGUGCACAGAAAUAUA